UUAUUAGACAAAAGAUCAGAUGAUCUCCGAUUAUGCGGCAAUCAUGAUCAGCACUAAUUUCCCCUCUCCUACAAAACCUUCUAAAUAACGUGCGCAAAUUGUUUUUAACUAUUCGCCGUUGAUGUAACCGGUUUAAGCUUAUCGCGUGUUCUCCUGCACACAUUUCCUUGAUCAUUUACAUCAAGUCAUCAUGACUGAACUAUUCAAAUGGGGAAUUCUCCUGUUCUUUGCGUUGUUUUCUCGUGUGGAAAGUAGUAAAAUUUUGGGAGUAUUUCCAUUAGCAACCGGCAGUCAUUACAAUCUUUACUCCAAACUGAUGAAAGGUUUAGCUGAGGCUGGACACGAAGUUACAAUGGUCAGUCCAUAUCGCUUCAAGGAGCCGCCGAGAAGCGGCAAAUAUCGAGAUUUGGUGCUGGAUGGCUUCGCCGAACAGUUUGAGAGGAUGAGUAGGGACUUUUACCAUGCGAGCGGGGUGCCAAUCAGUGCGUUCAGACAAGCGAAGAAUAUCGUGGAUUUAUUUAUAAUGCAAGCAAACAGAACCUUGCACCAUCCGACGAUGACAAAGUUGGUAGAAGCCAAUGAAACUUUCGAUGCUGUUAUAGUAGAGUAUGUGUUGGAUGACGCCCUGAAAGUCUACGGGCAUAUUUUCAACUGCCCACUCAUUGUCUUGAACAGCAUGGGGCCGAAUCCCAUGGUAAACCCCACGGUGGGUAACCCGCAACCGGUUUCGUAUAUUCCUCAUACUCUUUCAGCCAAGGGAUUUUCCCAAUCGCUUCUGAGCAGAGCAAUGAACGCGUAUUAUUACGUAUUGGACUUCGUUUUAUGCCGGUGUUUCCAAUUGCCAGGUCACGAACAAAUCUUGAAAACUAUUUACCCAGAUGCCCCUUCAAUAUAUGACUUGUACUACAACGUUUCUCUGGUGCUGUUGAAUUCGCACACCAGCAUCAAUGCCCCUGUUCCACUUGUGCCAAAUAUGGUGGAAGUUGGAGGAUUUUUUAUCGAUCCCCCGAAGAAACUUCCUCAAGACUUGGAAGACUACAUGAACAACGCUACGGAAGGUGUUGUGUAUUUCAGCAUGGGGUCAAUAAUGAAAGGAACCAAUUUGCCCGAAGAGAAGAAGCAAGUGUUGCUGAAAACGUUCGCAAAACUCAAGCAGAAAGUGAUUUGGAAGUUCGAAGAUGAUUCUCUUGAUACGCCCCCGAAUGUUCUAGUGAAAAAGUGGUGCCCCCAACAGGACAUCUUAGCGCACCCGAACAUGAAACUAUUCAUCACCCAUGGCGGUUUACUGAGUACAACCGAAACCAUCUACAACGGCGUUCCGAUUCUGGCUAUUCCAAUCUUUGGCGACCAGCCAGUGAAUGCAGACGUGGCUGUUAAAGCUGGAUACGCCCUUCAACUGGAUUACCAGGAUCCAGAAUUUGGAGAAGAAAAGCUGUCCUAUCUGAUCAACGAACUGCUGUCCAACCCGAAGUACGCCCAAAACGCCAAGGCGAGAUCCAUAUUAUACCACGACAGGCCGAAACCACCAAUGGAAACGGCCGUUUACUGGAUUGAAUACGUGAUAAGACAUAAAGGCGCCCCACAUUUAAGGGUCGCGGGCCUGAAGCUGCCGUGGUAUCAAUAUUUCAUGGUCGACGUGAUUGGAUCUUUUAUAUCACUCAUUGUGGUCGCUUUAUUGGUUUCAAAGUGGGCGAUCAAAAAACUGAUUUCUGGUUUCAGCAAAGGAAAGAAGCGACCAGGUGCAUCGAAAAAGAAAACGCAUUAACUUCAACUCGACUUGGAGUCCAAAUGCUUAAAAUAUUUGCACCUGCAACAGGCACGUGCACGUAUCAUCUCAAUCCCCAUUAGUUUUUAGUUUUAAACUAAGUAAGUAGGUACAUUAAUUUAUUUUAAAUAAAACAUCCUAACAUGUAUAUGAAUUA